AUGCCGUUCUCCGGGAUAUACCCUGCAAAUGGCAAGGUGUAUCGCCGCAAGCACUUUGCUAGCGGGAGACACAAGGAUCCCCAACAGUCCAGGGACGUAAGUGACGCGGAGGCGGCUCACUCUCCUCAUCAUACAACGGUGGAUUGGACGGGCCACGAUCCGGCUUUCCGGCCCCAGAAAGGUUCCGACUAUGAAGCACAGGCAGUGUGCAAACUCUCGGCUGCGAAUGUUGCGGUGUCCCCCGCCUUAUGCUGGAGAGAUGCGCUGUGGGAAGGCUACGCACCGCGAGUCCAGAACUGGGGCCCAGCGACAGUCCGCAUCGGCCUGGGCACCACGGAGCGUCUCUGCUCGGUUCUUCUGGACACGGGCAGCCCUUAUAAUAUAAUUUUCCGUGAUCAUGCUCUCACCAUCCCCGGAGCCAUCAUACGCGAGUGCGAUCCCUUCUACAUAGAAGACUGGGGUAAAGAGGAUGGCACGUUAUCUCACAGCCACAAGGUUUCCUCCUACGCUGUCUUUUUUGUCUACGUCCCGGAGCACCUUAGUAGACAAUGCUCGAAUCGACGCUGGGAGCGCAUAGUCGUGAGAGCAUGGUGUGUCUCGGGAUGGUCGGACAACCCGGUACUUCUCGGUAUCCCCUUCAUGUACCAAGAGUCAAUCACUCUGGAUGUCAGGAAUGGGACUGGAGUGCUCGGCUCUGGCGGCUUUGAGUUCCGUUUGGAUUUGACUUCUGAUUAG